GGCUUCACCGGUGUUUUUGUGUACAAUCGUCCCCCUUCCGCCUAAGGGAGGUGCGUGGAGUUUGAGAGGGUGGUUUGUUAUUGUUGGUGUGGGAGAGAGAGAGAGAGUGGAAAAGCCUGUUUUUGGUUGAAAACCGGCGUAAAAAAUUUUCAAGAUUUAGUGAAUUUGUGACAAAUUUGGAUCCGAUUUUGGAAGUUUUGAGGUAAUUCAAAGUGAAAACUCGUAAUUAUAAGGUGGAGGAAAAAGUGCGUGGGUGGAGAUCCUCAAACCCCGGAAAAUUUCUUCGUCCUUCCUAAGAGAUCCCGAAAAAGAAAGAGUUCUUUUAACAUCUUGAAGAAAAAACAAAAAAAAAGGAAAAGUUUCGGGUGGAGAUUUUUAAUCUGCCUUCGGUGCGGUGUGUUAAGAUUGCUAAUUUAGUAAAGUGCUGGGAAAAGAAAACCUUAACCAAAAAGCGACCCUUAAUGGAUUAGCUGCUGUGGCCAGCCCGGAAGUUCAAAGGAUUUCGAGCGGAAAAUUUGUGCGAUCCUGCGGAAUUUCAACUGAUUUUUUUGCUGCUUCCAGUUGAUGAGUUGGCAACUUUAUGCCUUUUCGGUGGAAAAUUGUGGAAAAAAUAGAAGGAAAAGGAAAGGAAAACUGCAACCGUUAAACGUGACCUUCAAAGUAUUGAUUUUUGCUGCAGUUGGCGUCAUUUUCCGGUGGAAAAGAGUUUUCCCGGAAACGAACAGGAAAUUUAAAAAAGUGCAUCGCGUGAUAUAAUUUGCGAGAAGGAUUAAGUGAGUUGAAGGAGGGAAAAUCAACUAAAAGAAUAAUUGAAAAAUUAUCAAUCAUAAAAAUCGUGUUUCUCAGUGUGAAAACAGGUGUGAAAAUCGCUUGGGAAAUCCAGUUGUAUUGUGGGAAAAUUGCAACUUGUGAAAAUAACAAACCAACAGAAGGAGGAAAAAAAUCGUUUGCAUAUUUUGAUUGACACGUGGCGUGAAGAAAAAAAAAGCGAGCUAAAAGAAAAUUUUGUGGUGAAACAAACAAGUGUCGAAAAAUAAUUUGGUUGAAAACAAGUGUGAGUGCAACAGAAAAAAAAAGAAGAAGAAAAAUAAACAGAAAUUUUCUCUGUUAAGGUGUGAGUGACCAAUCGUCGUUCUGUGGAUUGCACUUUUGAAGUGCAAAUAUAUUGCAUUUUUGGACACGCCAGCGUGUCGUGAAUCGUGGACCAGGUGGUUUAUUUAUAAAAGCGGUUUCAUCGUGCGGGAUUUUGCAGUGUGGUUUUUGCGGUUAAAAGGCUUGGGUGAAGUUAAUCAUCGCACAGAUUGUCAUAAAUCAAGUGAAAUGAGAAGUAACUUCAGCUUCAAGAUAAAUUCCAUCCCAGUAACAGUGCUAUGAUAAGAUCACUGACCUAAUUUAACGAAAUCGCCUGAAAAACAAAACCAGCAGCAAUGACAGCAGCAUAUCAGCUCAGAACUCCAAAAGACUUGAAACCAAAUACGUAGCCAGCACGAAAUGGCCAAAAAUCGUCAUCACAUCUAGCGAUCGUAGAAUCUCAUCAUCUCUCAUCAUCACUCUUCAUCGAGCACUCACAAAACUUGCUCAAGCCUCUAGCAUAACUGUAGAAGAGUCACUCGUCUAGCUAUCCCACAAACUACUGUUCAAAAUGUCCAUCACGGGUUCGCUGGUCGGCUACGAGAACAACAAUGACGUGUCCGCGACGAAGAAGAACCGCUCGCUGCUCAACAUUACCGGCACGUCCAACGCGUCCUCGAAGCAGUGCCAAAGUCUAAACUCGAGCCUCACGAACAGCGUCAUGACCAGUGCCAGCACCCGCAGCCACCGGAUGGACGGAGGAGGUUCCUCCGGCAAGAAGCAUCGCCGGUUACAUCUGAACACGCUGUGGUCCGUGUGGUACGGAGUGCUGGUCACCCUGCUGCAGGCCUACCUUGUGCUCCAAGGAACCCAUCGAUAUCUGGGACUCUCGGCACUCAGCUGGAAGUACGAAAAGCCGUCCACCGAACUGGACAUCCAGAUCGUGUUCUGUGGCCUGGUGGUGCUGUUUCUGCCCCUUCUUCUGGCGGCCGCCAUGUUCCGCGUUGGCAAUCUGGCCAACGAUGGCAUCAAGCUGGCGUCCGGCACCAGACUGUGCUCGUCGGCACCCACCGACGGACUGGAGGAGGAGGCCUUCGAGGGAACGUUGAGAGCCCUUUGGAUACACGGAGGACCAACGUCUGCCUUCAUACAUAUCAUAACGGCAAUAUGUCUGCUACUUCCGCGAUUGCUUCUGGAAGCAAAAGUGAUCGAGAACGGACUUCUCCCAAAAGACGACCUCUGGCGCACCGACCUGGACUUUCUGGUGCCGCACAACGACCGGCUGGUGGUGCUCUCGUUCAUGACGCCAUCCUACCCAAACACCACCGUCAAACCCACGGUCCCGCUCGCCAACAGCGAGGCGUCAUCCUACGAGCGCAAACUCUACCAAAACGGCUACUUCGAGCACAGCGAUCUGGUGGAGAAGUUCCCGGCGUACGACGACGACGACGACGACGUCGGAGAAGAUCUGGACGACGACGACGAAGAAGCGUUUCGGACGCACGAAGCCCUGGAGAUGGAACGAAUCGAUCAGCACAGCCGCCAGUCGCCGAUUUCCAUCUCGACGAUGGAGAACUUCAACGUGUUUGAGAACCCGACGACGAUACACACGUUACCUCCGGUAAGAAAUCUACUGACGACUACGGUGGCUCCACCUACGAGCACAACGACUGAGACCACUACAACGCCGGUACCAACUACAAGACCGACAACAGCUCGAAAAAGCAAAGCUCACAACCGGAAGCACUCGAGCAAAUCGCACGGCUCAACCAAGAAGGAGAAAACUCAUCAAAACCAGCGUCUGGAGGAAGACUUUGACGCCCGGCUGGAGCUGCAACCUCAGAAGGAGUUUGACUUCGCCGACGUGGACGAAAUCACGACGCUGUUGGAGGUGAACCACAGUCGGAAGGUUCAACCGAGUGGUGGAAAGAUCACGCAAGCUACGACGGUCGCAGAUACGUCCACCACCGUAGCAACGAAACCGUCCUCAAAGAGUAGCGGAACCAGUAGCGGCACCAAAAAGACCAAAGACAGCAGCACACAUAUCAUCAAACCGGUCAAGAUCCCGGAGAACGCGAUCCCAUCGACUCCGGUGACGACCAACUCGAAGAUCAUCGAGAUCAAACCGAGCACAACGGGAGCGACUUCGAGGAGUACGCCGAAGAAGAUCAAGCGGUACACGUCGGACAACUACAGCAGCGAAAGCCUGGAAAGCUUGGAGAACAUUCCAAGCGUCGACGAAGAUGAGUUUAUCAUCAAGGACGAAAACGGAAUGGCGAUCCGUCCAGCGUUCCUGAUCGGGACCGUCCCCGGAAACGUCUCAAAUCAACCUAUUGAGCUUAAGGGGUUUGCCGGACUGCUCCAGCUUUUCCUAGGUGUCGACCGUCAGUUCAACGCGAAGCGCUGGACUUCCUCUCCCAGCUUAGAGUUCAUCAACCUGGCGAUCGCCCUGAUGGCUUGGGCGGUUCGCUACCCGUCCGUCUUCUGGCACACCUCAAAAUCAUUCGCGUUCGUGUUCAGCCUGCAGAUGAUCGCCAACGGACUGGACAUCCUGCUCAGCUUCGCCGGAGCCAGCGUGCUGUACAAGCUGCAAACCUUCGGACAAGCGCUACCACUCCAAGCGCCAGCUCUGAUCCUCAACGGAACCGUCACGAUCGCCCUCACGAUCCUCGCCGUUAUCCUGACGAUCGCUUCCUCGAUGGUCCUCUACCUGUACGGGCACGGCAAGCUGGCGGUCCGGAUACGGGACCGGCGGAUGAUUACCGCCAAGCAGAACACCGACGUGUGGGCUUACUUCGCGCACUGCUCCUCGCUGUGCUUCGUGUUAGCCCUCGCCGUUGUAAAGGCGCCCCUGCUGCACGAUCUGAGCGCUACCUACCGGGGAAGCCUGGACGGUGCCGUUCUGGCGGCAGCCCUCGGAUCCGUGAUCCACCUAUUCCUCUGGAUCGUGCUGUGGCUCUGCCUGACGGCUAAGCGCCGCUGGCACUUUAAGCUUCCUCCUCUGGAAGCCCCGAGCGGACUCCGACCCGGCGCGGCCCAACCGCUGCUCCGGGGAGGAUCGCUGCUCCGGACGGCAACCGGUCUCAAGGGAGCGGACUCGAUCGACGGCAACGGGGCAGGAAGCGGCAGCGAGGAGGAAACCGUGUACUGGCCCAAGCUCGCUCCGAACUCGCCCAAGCUGAAAGUAACCUUCAACGAAGUGACCAGUACGUCCGCGUCCGAUCACGGUGGUGGUGUUGGGGCCGAUGGCAAGCGCCAUCCGUCCGCUGCUGGAACCACGCUACGUAUGUCCAGUGUUACGGGGGAAACUGACGACGGAGACUACGCUACGCUAAGGGGCCCGUCCGGCGAUCUGUUGCUGCAGCAGCACCCCCACCACCCGGGGAUGGGCACCUUCAUCGACGGUGACCAUCAUCCGCUGCCGCCACCACCAUCCGAGGACCUGCUGAUGGUGCAAAACAACGACCACGCGGACGAUACCUCCGAGGAGGGCAAACUGUUGGCUUGCGUGCGCGACGACAGCGUCACGUACGCCUCGACCCGGGACCUGGAGCCGCCGAUCGCGCGGACCAUGUCACGCGAGACUUUCAUGAGGUCGCCGGAACAGCUGGGUAGCCCGCUGGCGCCGGUGACCGUCACCGUGCACAACAACGAGGCAGUGGUUCCCGGAUCAACGCCACGUUGCCUGCGUCGUGCCGAUUCCGGAAUGCCGAACGAGGCGCUGACUCCACGCUCGGACACCAACUCAACGGAGAGCUCCACCAGUCCGCCCGACUGUCGGGACGCUCCGUCGGAAGCUUCCAGCGGAAUUCACUCCGGCGAGGAGCGGGACGAGGUGGUGAUCCGGCCGCGAUCAGGUCCGUACAAGUCGAUCAUCAAGCCCCCUCCGCCGGCGAUCCAGGAGGAGCCGUUCGGUAGGUCGACCAACAUGAAAAUGUCCAGCUUCAACAAGGACGGCUCCAGCGCGACGCUUCCACUGACCCGCGGUUCCUCGGACGUCCGCAUGGACUAUCCCCAGUGCAGUACGAUGCCUCUUCCGGUGGGAUAUCACCACCAGCAGCACCACUACCACUCGCAGUCCUCCUUUACUCCGCCCAAUUCUUCCUCGCGGCAGCAGAUCGCUCCCCACCAACACACGACCCUUCCGAACGGUGUCCGCUACUCGUCGAACCAGUUCCUCAAGCGGAUGCCGUACAUCAAAACGGCCGAGUCGCCGUACGGUCACCUGGGUAUGGGCGCCGGCCAUCACACGUUCUCGAAGCUGCUGCACGACCCGCUGGGCAUGCCCAACCAUGGGCCGCCCACGCACUCCCAGUCCAGCCACUGCAGCUUCUCGCCGGUUCCGCCCAUCCCCGAGGACCGCGACUCGGCCAACUACUCCAUGAUCUCCGAUCAGGACCGGGAAAUGUACAUAAACGCCGGCCAGAUUAACCCCACGAUACACAUGCAGCAGCACUAGAGAGCCGUGUUGGGCCGUCGCCAUCUGGUUGUUCGAACGAGCACUAGCGACGCGCGUUGCAUGCAAGCUUGCAUUGAAGAUGGUCGAUUGUUCUCGCGCGCGCUCACAAGUGAUAAAGAAAACUAAUCAAAACCGAACAAGAUGGACGAGUAUUUUACAGAGAGACGGAUCAGUUCCAAUCCAAAACGCUAUCCAGGUUUUUAAGCGAAGAUGGCGUUCGAAUGGUGAACGCCCGAAAUGUCAAAAUCGCGCAGCAGCACCAACAUUAGAAAAAAUGUGGCUGUCAUGCCAUGGCACACUUUUUUCGUAAUGUUGGUACAACUGCGCGAUUUUGACACUUCGGGCGUUCACCAUUUGAACGCCAUCUUCGCUUAAAAACCUGGAUAUCAUUGUAAUUAAAAGAGCAACGUAACGUGUAAGCUUAAGUGUAGAAAAUUUACCAUUCAAUGCGCCUUCUUUCGAUUAAGUUUAACCGAAUAACUAAGAAUAGUUUCCGCGUAAACCAAAACCGGAAGGGUGGAAAAGUCGCACAAUUAAGUUAAGACAGUCGGUUUAGUUACAAUUCAGGUUAGGUUUGUACAUUGAUCAAUUCGCGGAAGCAGCAGCAGCAGCUCGUAAGUGUAAAUAUUAGAAUUUUAAAAAUAAAAAAAUAUCACAUUCUACACGCAUCGCAUUCACGGAAAAAAAUCGCUUCAAAUGAGCAUGAGUCACAUUUAUACAGCAUUUUAGGAGAUCGGAGAAUUUUAACUCACCUAACACACACACACACACGCGCAUAAUCGUUGAAAGUUUACUCUGCUUUGCAAAUCAAUACUUACAUUAACAAAUCAAUCACGAUCGAACUCGUUGGAGAAGGAAGGAUGAAUAAGACUGUGGGAUCCAAAAUUAGUGUGAUUAGUUGCAUUUUUUUUUAGUGUUUGUGGAGGCGACAGCUAUUUCUUGAUCUCUUUCUUUGGAGGUGCGUACUGCCCCUAAAGUGUAGUACGCUGCUAGUAAGGCAGGGGGUCAAAAAAAGAUUCAAAUUGGCAGAAGCUAGCAAAGAAAAUAUUUCUUUUUUUUUUGUUCUGCUGUCCGUAAAGCUUUUUCUAGGUCCCUUUUCUUUAGAGAAGCGUACUGGCCAAAAAAGCUUGAACCGCGUUCCUAGCUAAAUAUUGUUUUUGGAUUACUUUUGAAAUGUAUCUUCGUCAAUUUUGACAGCUCAGAUCGAUUCGACAUCUUUCACAUCAAUUUCAAAUCGCGUCAAGCAUUAAAUCGAUAGAUAAUUGUUAGUAUAACAAUACAGCUUAGCUGUGAUGUUGUACACUCAACCCCCGGUGGAUGGUCACUUUUUCGUUUGAAGUGACGAACUGUCACUUUUUACACGGCGCUCACGCACACUAUCAAAACACACGUUGGGUAGUGUGUGUGAACUCCGUGUAAAAGGGGUGUCAAACUAAAAAGUGACCCCGUUCGUUUGACAACAGUUGGUAUCAAACCGUCGGGGUUUAAAUGUAUACUGAAACCCCGAUGGUUUGACACCAAUUAUUGUCAAACGAACGUGGUCACUUUUCAGUUUGACACCCUCUUUACACAGAGCUCACACUUACUACCAAACGUUUGGUUUGAUAGUAAGUCUGCGUUUACCGGUGGUAACCCUUUUGAAAAGGGUAACGACAGGUAAACUUGAAAAAAGGUGGAAGUAACCUUUAAAAUGUGUUUUUCUACCUUAUUUUAACAGAUAAAAUGUAGACAGACCCCUUUUAGGGGUACUUCUGAUUUUGAGGGUACUGACUAUUUUUAUAGAAAGGUGUUGCUUCACUAACACUAAAUAAAUGCAACUGAAUGCUUCAAAUCUUUUUUGAGAUCAGAAUAUUAUAAUAUGACUUGUCUUAAAUCAAACUAUUUUGUUAAAGACGUAAUAAAAAUAGUUAUUAUUUAAUAUCAUCUACUUCAGAGAAAAACAAUAUGUUUUAAUUCAAUAAUCACGCAUCAAAUAGAGAAUUAGUGAAAACUUCAUUUACGUAAGCAAAAAAAACACGACCCAGGCAUAUCGGAUCAGUAAAAAACGUCAUAUCUAAAGCCGCAAACCAAAGCAAAUGGAACAAGCAAAGUUUAACAAUGAAUUUCUUCUCACCGGAAAGAGAUGCGCUAAGUAUUUUGAAAUAUUCGCAAAGGAAAGAAGCAAAGAAUCUCACAAACUCACACCGACCACAGACUACGCUACCAAUAAUACUCACACUCAUAUUUACCGGAAGCAAAGCACCUAUUGCCAUAUAUGUAUCGUGUCGCCAACAUAACUUAGGAAGGAAUAAAAAAACGGUAUUUUUUACAGGAAGCAACUCAAAGAAAGGUAGUUUUUAACCUGGGCAAAGGCUAAACAAAUCAGGAUCAUUUGCAGCAAAGAUUAGAAGAACAGAAAAACAAAAAAAACACAAGUAUAUCGUAACCACAGGACAAUAUUAUCAUGAGACAGAAUUUUAUACACGAAUAUAAAUCCUAAUGUUAUACAACAACAACAAGAACAGCACACACUCAAAAACGAACACCACGAAUGUAUUUGUGAGCAGCAGCAGCAACAACAACCACUAGAAAAGUGGGCGCGCGUGUAAGUGAGACUCAGCAAACUCCACACUAACACACUAUUAGUAGGAUUUACUCUCUCGCGCAAUCGAAACGAGGGAGAUCACACCAAUACACAGAGAAAAACUCGAGCUAGUCGUGUGGUGGUGCCACGUGUAGUUAAAAUUUACAAAUUUGUAAUGGAAAUUUUACAAACAACUAAACAACAACACUUUGCUAUUUAUCGUAGUCGGAAUGCUCUUAUAACUUUGUAAUGAAGUCGACUGGAGAAGAGGUGAAAGUCGAUGCUAAAGCAAAAACACACUAAUAUCUAUAUACUGAAUAUAUACACACACAUAAACUAGCUAAAACAAAACGCUGUCCGCUUCGUUUCAAACAAUUAUCAAACAGUCAAAAGCCGCAAACAAACACAGAAAUAUUAAAUGGGACUCACUCAAUGCCAGCAAGGUUACAGAAAACUAUAUUACAUGUCAAAAUGUAGAGGGAAAAACUACAAAACUGUGUAUGAAAGCGAUAAAAAUGAGACAUAAACUAACUGUGUAAGAUAAAUCAGCUAAGAAAAAAAAGUAUUAAACAAACGAAAUCUAUUAUAUCUAAUAGGCCACGGCCGCUGAAUUUUGUGCAGCAGCAAAUGGCUUAUUUUACGGAAUGCUUCACAUCUAAAUUAUUUAUCGAUUAGUUUUAAUCAAUUGGAAAAAAAUAAAACAGACUUUAGUUGAAAACCCAAUCGAA